GACGAGGUGGCGCUGACCGAGCGGCUCUGGGCGUGGACUAUCACGGCUCCGCCCCGUUCGUUUUUUCUUCUCUGGGCGCACUUCCUGGACGGCUCCGCGUGUCGGGGUGAGUCUUGUGACCCCCCUCUGGCAUCGCCUGGACGGCUGCCGCCUCGCCCUCGAGAGGUCGGGCCUUGGCCGUGUGGGCCCAGGCCGCGGUCCGAGCCCCGGGUUUCGUCGGAUCUGCAGCGGGGGCGGCCGCGGCGAGAUGGUGCCGAGAGCUCGUGCACCUGCCCGCUGCUGGGUGUUGGCGGCCGGGUUCUUCAUGUGCCACCUGCUCUUCGAGACGCUCAACGAGGCCUUGGUGUCCCUCCCCGACGUGCCUCAUGCAAUCAUACUGUGGAGUGUUGCUGCGCAGUUCAUCUGCUGUGCGUCCCUCCCGCGCCUGCUUGCGCCGCAGAGGAGUGCAUGUGAGGUAGAUGCCUCCAGUGCCCUAUCACCAUUGCGUGCGUGGGCGUGGUAUGUCGCAAUCGCUGCGAUGGUAUUCGUUGCGAACUGCAUGUCGCAGCAUGCUACGCUCUACGUUGACUUCACAUUAAAGAUCGUUGCGAAAUCGAGCAAGAUUUUGCCGACGAUGCUCAUCGCAAGCGUCUGUGGGAAUUCUGCCAGAUACGGCAUCUUCGAUUACGCAGCAGGAGCAUUGCUCUGUGUGGGCACGGCGCUUUUCUCUUAUGGUUCUGGGAAGUCCCCAGCCUCUUCGAACUCAGCAAGCGGAGCUUGGUUUUUCUACGGCGUUGCCGCACUCGGUAUGUCUUGUCUCUUCGACGGCCUCGUGCCAAACGCCCAGCAGCGUGUGAUGCGAUCCGGGGUAAAUGCUGCCACACUCAUGGCGCGAACUAAUCUUGUCGGCGCACUGGGCAGUGUCGUCUCCGUCGGACUUUCCGGCAAUGUUUCCAGCGUUCUCGCAUUUGCUCGCGAAGUACCGCACGCCAUCAUACUUGUAUUGGGCAUUGGUUUGUCCCUUGCUGGCAGUGUGACGUGCUACACCGAACUGAUUGGGACCGCUGGAUCAGUGUUUGCAGUUGGAGUCGGGACGUUGCGAAAAACAGCGUCGAUUUUACUCUCGCAUGUGCUGUUUCCAGGCAAGCUGUUUGAUGGCCGGAAGGCCUCGGGACUCGUACUUGUCGCUGUGGGCUUGCUGCUCGCCGAACGUCAAGCAAUGAGCAGGAGGGCUUCUGAAGAAUGUGAAAGCAAGGCGCUUUGAUGCGAACGCCAGGUAUGUUUGCAACAUCGUUUCUGUGGUCGCGCUCCCCGUCCCACAGAAAGGUAUGUUUGCAAAGACCUGGCAACGCAAAAGGCUCGAUAUACGUUCGCGCUUCGCGGCGGCCUUUCCGGACACGGGGCAGUUUGCGUGCAGCCUCCGCGCUGCUAAAGGUGCACGAUGGUGAUUCAGGCCAGAGGCUUGGAGUCAGGAUCUCGAUUGCACUGGCUGGCUCCUGACUGGCACGCGGCAUGCGAUGCGUGUGCCGAUGUCUCCCAGAAGCGCACAGCGUGGCUUGGUAUAGUCUGCCCGACCCCCCUCUUCGUCGGGCCACGGUACCCCAGCUUCACCAUCCCACCACCCCAGCUGGGGAUGCGCCCCUCGAAACCCGAAGGGACCCGGAAG